UGGCAGUGGAUCGUCAUGAAAACAACAAGUGAGAAAAAGAAAACAAAUGAAGUGAUUCUUUCAGCUGUCUCAGUGCUCCGCAUAGUUUAUCGAUCAAAUUCUCAGUUAUAUCAGCGAUUCAAGUAGCCUUCUUUUCAUCUGGACUUCAUUGUCUUGCGAGUUGUCAAACUUUCAACCGAAUCAGGAAGGUAAUGAUCCUGCGUCAAUGACGUGAUUCCAGUGUCCGGUUGUCGGGUAGCGCGUUUGCGUUCAUGAACAUGGCGAGCCUGGGCAUACGGCGUGUUGAUAAGCGGCUCUUUCCCAUCCUCAGCGUGGAGUCCGUCGUUGCCUUGUUCAAAGAUGAGCUGAAUCAGGACGAACCUGAUCUAGCCCUGCUGUCCAUCAUCUCCGGUGCCAUCGAAAACUCCAUGACAUGUAACCGUUCGACCACCCUGAAUGGGGACCAAGAGGAGUACGAGGAACCUAAACUCCCUGGAAUCGAGUUCCAUAUCAUUGAAGCACUGUAUGAAAAGUUCUCUGCCAUUAUCAAGGGCUCCAUCGACAUGUCGACUUUUGGGGAUAUCAAGUACGCCUCGCGAGAGCUGGUCAAAAGAGUGUCGGACGUUAUCUGGAACACUCUUACGCGAAGUUACUACAAGGACCGUGCGCAUCUUCAGAGUCUCUAUAGUUACCUCACAGGGAACAAACUGGACUGUUUUGGAGUUGCUUUUGCAGUAGUUGCUGGUUGUCAGGCCCUAGGUUUCUUUGAUGUCCACCUCUCACUCUCUGAAGAUCACGCAUGGGUUGUUUUUGGUGAAAAUGGAUCUCAGACUGCAGAAAUCACUUGGCAUGGGAAAGGAAAUGAAGACAAGCGAGGUCAACCAAUUGGUAUUGGAGUAGCCUCCAAAUCAUGGCUGUAUUUGAAUGGUCAUCCUGUAGUCUGCAAUCGGCAUAUGGAGGUCGCAGCGCUGGUAUCUUCUAUCAACCCAAGUCUUAGUGUUUCCUCAGAUUCUCUGGAAGUUGCUAUGCUCCAGCAAAAAUUAUUAUGGUUAUUGUACGAUAUGGGCCACCUGUAUCGAUACCCAAUGGCCAUUGGUAACCUCGGCGACUUGGAAGAAAUUAGUCCAACUCUCGGUCGACCACCUUGUUCCUCGCUGUUUCAAGAGGCGAUUCUGAUGUCAAGGAAGUACUACAACAAUAUGCACGUUUACCCGUAUACAUACCAAGGUGGUUAUUUCUACAGACACAAUCUGUAUAAGGAGGCUUUCCAGAGCUGGGCAAACGCCAGUGAUGUCAUCAGGCAGUAUAAUUAUUCGCGAGAUGAUGAGGAAAUCUACAAGGAGCUAAUGGAAAUUGCCAACGAGCUCAUACCACACAUAAUCAAAGUCGUUAGUUCUGGUCAUUGUGCGCGCUCGAUCUUGAAGGAUCCGGAGUGCUUUGCACAUCUGCUUCGCUUCUAUGAUGGGAUUUGUCAGUGGGAGGAAGGAAGUCCGACGCCCGUUUUACACAUCGGUUGGGCCAAACCUCUCGUCAAUACCAUUUCAAAAUUUGAUGCGGAUGUUCGGUCGCAGGUUGUGAUCUUAGGGCAAGGAAUUGUAGACGAAGAUUCAGACGAGAACUGCAAUGUGUCGCAGAAUGGAGACAAAAGUAAACAACUUCUCAACAAUAACAACUAUUGUGAUGUCACUGACAAUGUAACAUGCGAAGAACUCUCAAGUGACUUGGGCACGGAGAAAGACUCUAACGGCAUGCACCCAGGGCUUGUGGCCUUAACGGCAGCUUGCGGUGAAAAGAUUCUCAACCGUGAUUUUCUCCUCCAAGGAGACGGAGAGCCUUUCGUUGGCUCCACCUCGGACAUAGCAGGCACUUCGACAGACCCGGCUGGCACAGAGGAUGUUUUGAACGAGACUUGCCGUCAACCCAAGCUGAUCCUGCACAGUCAAAAAAUGCGAGGGCUUAAAGAGCUUCUUCUGAGUGAAAAAUUAAAUACGCACGCCAUCUCAUUACAGCUGACGGCGCAAUCUCAGGUACAAUUUGGUGGCAAGAAGAGAGAUUCCACCGAAUCAAUUGGAUCUCGCUCAAAGCGCACUAGGAGAGAGUGAAACUCUUCAGCCUAGCUGUUUUUUAUUCCUAUUAUUUUCUACAUGACUUCCCAUUUACUGAAGUAAGGCUGUAUAUUUGUUGAAUUGUUAAAUUUCUUUUUCUUUUUUUUAGUAUUUAGAGUACAGGAAAUUCUUUUCUCUUGAGAAAAUGAACCAUCAAUAAUGAAGUAAUACUGAAUUUCAAAUAAUGUAGAGCGUACAUCGUUUUUCAUCUAAUAUAAUUUUGGCUCUCAAUUAUGUCCUUUGCACCCUGAGAAUAUAGACAACAUUUCACUGAAAAUAAAAAACUAAGACAGCAUAAUGACAAUCAUAUAAAAUCACAGUAAAACAGCAUCAUGCAUCAAGUAUUGAAAGACGAUCUUUCAAAAAUUCUCUGAGUAAUAACGUCAACAGAAAAUCUUCAGAGGUUUAUGUAAAUAAUUGUUUGAUAGCUCGAUAUUCAGAAUCAUUCCAUGUUUCUCCUAUGAUUCAUUGCAAAUUCUCAUCCUGAUUUUGAAGAGCUACCAUGGCAGAAAUAUAAACUGAAAAAGAUUAAGUUAGUUUCUCUCUCAAUAGAGCUGUUGUCCGCAAGAGAUUCUCACAGCAAACCGAGUGAACUUUUUAGAGGUAACAUUGCACAAGAAUCUCAUUGAGCACUUACACAGGAACGUCCAAAAUACACUCUUAAACACACAAUUUGUGUGUCAUGAAUUUUUUGUAAUUUAACAAAUUUAUUGUAAUUUUGUAUCACGAACUUUCAAAUUUAUUUUGCAGAUGUUUCUCCUUAAUUUGAAGAGAUUGUUUCCAGAGACAAAUGUUAGGAAACCAUACCUAAAAAAACAAGCAAUCUUGCAGCGUCUUAUGAAUCUUCUUUAUGUAUGACUACAGUAAUGCUAACGUUAAUAUGUUUUUUUUUUUUUUUUCACACCCAGAUUAAGAGGCAAAAUCAAAUGCAUUAAAAUGAUUGAAAUCCUCUGUGCAACAGAUUUUAAAUCACUGAGUUCAAUAAAGCCACCAGCCACCAUAUACAGGAACGCCGCCGAAAUCAAUUCUUGAAUGUUGCAUUCCUAGCCUUUUCUUCGGUGAAAGUGUGAACCAAACAUAGUUUUUUAACUUGGCCGGAAGAACUAUGGAAGAACCGCAGGCUGCGAGUGGUUUCAGAGAUUUUUUAAUUUAAAUCGAUCAUUAUUUUCGCGAACUUUGGAAAAUUAUAUUGACCCAAGUCAUAAAAAAUUCAACAUAUGGAAUAAAUUUUAUACCUAUAUUUUCUAAUUGUAGCCUUUAGCUGGGACCCUGAGCAUAUGGCAUUGUCAGUUGCUGCACUUUAGUCUCAGAGGCUUUGGACAAAACAGCCUCAAAAAGUGAAUUCAAUAGCGCCCCAGUGCUUAGGAUCUCUAACGCACGCUAUGUUUAGAACAGAUGUGAGAUUAUUUGUUUAUUUCGGUUUGAUUUUUUGCAUCUCUCUUUCGGCAAAUCAGAUUUCCAGUGAGAUAGAGAAAAGUGCUAGCAGACGUGGUAAAUGUUAAAAUGCAUGUUGUAAAAUGCGAACUGCGAGGCAAGGAGUGGAUUUUAGAAAUUUCUGAUGUGCGCUUCGUGCGAUUUUACUCAUAUCACAGUUUACUCGGUUAACUUCAUCUCUUGCGUGCAACUCACCCAUUGAUGGUUCUCAUUCUCUAGAGUUCAAGUAUUUAAAAAAGAUAUCCGUCAUUCAUAUCCCUGAAUUGCGUAUUAUAUAUUCUUCUGUCAAUUUCUUCCCCCCCCCCCCAAAAAAAAAAAAGAAUUCACUGUUUAAGAUUUCUAUGGCAAAUCAUCAACUUUUUCAAAUUAUUGUAAUUUGAGCUUAUGACAAUUUUGAUUUCUAGCGUUUUUGCGCUCGUACAAUUUGAGCAAAGCAUUCUUACCAAAAUAGGAGAUUUUGAUUUUGAUUUAUUUCUGUUGAUUUGGUUUUUUAGUCAUCUCGAAUGUUCUGAGUUUUUUUUUUUUGCUUUAUAUUGGGGAAGUUGUCUGGGGAAAACUGGGCAGACAAUUGAUCUACUCCCCUUUAUUUUAAAUCUUAUCCUUUUUUGGAAAAUUUUUAUCAAGUGUGAUUAAUUUUAGAGCAUCUUGCAUCACUGUGGAUAGUUAAGUAAUCUUUUCAAUGAAAGGGUGAAGGAAUUUUCCUCAGAAAGUUCAGUUAUUUUACCGGUAGGAGAUUCCUUUAUUGCUUGAAAUUGCAACACCUUGCUCUUUCGUGAAGCACCGGCCAUUUCCUGUUUCAGUGCCGUUUUUGAAGCAGCAUUCAAGCGAAAAAUAUCGCUGAAUUAAUUUUUUUUUUUUUUUUUUUUUUUUUCGAAAUUGAGCAUAGAUCAUAUAAUUUGUUCCCAAUAAUAAGAUUUUCUCUUGUUAUUCUUUACUAAUGCAUAAUUUCAUAUUUUGCUCUUGGUGAAAAUCAACCGUUCCUAAUUACAUAUGUAUUCACUUUCCAAUGAGUCCAUUAACUUACUCCAAUUCAUGCACUAUAUUGUGAUUUUCUCAAUUUCUCCAUGCAUAAUCUCGAAAGUUAUCUUUUAUCUUGACGGCUUCAAACUUUACAGAACCUCAAAAUUGUCAGAGAUUCAAUCUAGAUGAGAGGUUGAUUUGAAGAGUAUUUAUUAUUUGUUAAUCCGUGCAUAUUUUAGUCGUAGAAAGUCAAUUUGCUUCCCGUUAAUCUCUUGGUCUCUGGUUAAACCUAUCACUUAAUGCUGGUUUGUCCCUAUGUUUGUACCUGUGUUUAAGCUGAGUGGAAAGCCCUUUAUGUAUAAAAGUGAAGGAAUGGUCGUUGAAGGCGGAAUCUUAGGGGAGGUGGCAGCAUUUUAAUUUUUUUUAGGCUCAUCAGAAUUGAGAGCAUAAAACCAAGAAUUUACACAAUAGUGUAAAGUUGAUAGCAAGAGAAUAUAUGGUAUUACUUUUGAUGAUAGCAAAACACUACUGUCAUCCAAGUCCACUACAUUUGUCACUGAAGGCUCUGAACCUCUCUGAAAGUGCUUUAUUUCUCCCUCAUAUUGCCGCAUUCAUCUAUGUCAGAUAAAAUUAAGGGUGGAUUGCCCAAUAAUCUGAGAAUAUGCAAGUACAUAUUGAAAUAUUUAUUAAUUUUGAAUUACUUCUUCUUUUGGAGGGUUGUUAACAAAUUUCAUCUUGCUGAAAUUCUGAAUUUGCAACCCCUUCCCCCUUCCCUGUACCCUUGGUGGCGAACCUGUAACGCUGGUUUGAACCUCGGAAAAUAUUUAUUUAUGCAUAGCCCGAUUUUCUCCCCAUUAUGUAAGUAGCUGGGAUUUUUUGUGAAUAUCUUGACGGAACUAUUGAAGAACAUCCCAAUUACUGAUUUCGGGCAUUGAGUUUUGCCUGAUAUUAUGCACUGCUACGUCCCUCCCCCUUGCUCUAAUGUAUGACGUGAUUCACAGAAAUCCCCUCAGUGGUUUUAGAAGCUCAAAUGAGAUAAAAAUCCCACUAUACUUUUUAAUUUAUUGUUUCUCCUCUGUGGUAGUGCGGCUGUAUUUUUGCCUACCAGCGUUUAUUUGUGCCUCGCAUGUUUAACUGGUCCCUUUAUUUUCUCUUUUUCGAAGGUUUGUAUCUCAUAUGCAUAUUUCUCAUUGCGUACUGUACACUAUUUUACAUUUUAAGGAGUAAUACACGGGUAAGCACAGUAUUUACAAGUUCUGCCUGGAACGAUAUUUUUUCUGUCACUUGGAAUUCAUUCUUUAUCCAUCAGUUGUUCAGUUUUGUUUUGUCGCUUUUUUGCUAUUUAGUCAAACUUACUAACUGAAAACUUGUCUUCUAGAAAUCUGAUCCAACAUACAUUGCUUCAAAAAAAUGUAUCUUGCUCAAGAGAGCUAAAAAUUUCAAAAUGUUCCUUGCAAUCAUGCUUGUUUGCUAGCAUAAUUUAAGAUCUGCUGAUUAUUAGAACAAAACCAUGAAACCAAGUGUCUCCUUACCUUGGAGAGUUCCAGAAAUUCAAAAGGAAACCGUCUCUUUCUCUUAUUAUGGAUUAAAGAUAAGGCCUGCCUCAAAGUCCUUUUAUUCAUUCAUUUUUGUUCACUUUUUCUAUGUCAAAAUACUUUACUUUACAGAAUUGAAGAGGCGGCUUCCAGGAUUUUAGUUUACCAUCACAAGUCAUUUCAAGAUGAAUUAUCGUAUGAAGCCAAAUGUGUACCUUCAUGUUUAAGGGUUAGCUAGUAACUUGCAUGAUUUUAUAUUUAGUGGACAAAGUAACAAAUUGAACAUAUUUUUGUCCCCAAAUCAGUCAAAUACUGUUUUGCAUUCUUAGCUUUUCAAGCGAAAUAUUUUAUUCAAUCUUGUCCUUCUGGGUUUCUCAGAUCAUUUUUUUUUCUUUAUAAGAGUAGUUUUUCAAAUUGUGAUAUUUAUUUAUGUAUUUGUAUUAAGUUAUUAUUGGUCCUCCGAAUUUGCUUUUAAACCCUGUAAAACACCCUGUGAAAAAGCCUCUCGAGACUUUUUAAAGUUUAACCUCUGCGUUUGUUUACAUCGCCUUUGUUCGGGAAUGUUUUCCAUUGUUUUUUCAGAUGGUUAAAUUGAAUUAUGAAUUGCUCUACAUAUUUAUUUUAUCUAACGUUAGGAUUUUGUUUCCAAUUCUUCUUUUUUAUAAAGUGUUCCUAAGAAUUUUUAGACGCCAGUGAAAAGUUCUCCAACAGAACAACCUACGCGAGGGUCAAUGGAGAGCUCCGAGGUCUUCAGGUUGACUUCCAAGCUUUCUUUUGAAAUUAUUUCUUGCCAUUUUUGUUGUAAAAUACCCACAUGUAUUUAUGAUUUUAAUUUUAUCUGAUAAAGUAACAUAAUGGUUGCAUAUAAGAGAUUUCAAGUGCCAUGUUUCAGACAUUCAAACUUGAGCCCUUAACCACUGAAACUUAUUUGAUAAUUUUCUCUUUAUUUGCUCCAAUCUAAAAAUUUAAUGAAUUUACAAGAAUUUUAAUUAAGGAAACGUAUUUGUAUGAACUUUUUGUUGUCUUUAAGCAACAAUAGGUACCCUCUUUUAAAAUCAUCUUUCUCACAGUACAUAAGCUUUUUAAGACAAUAACUUUUCUUGUCUCAUGACUUUUUGUGCUUAAAGUCUAUUUGUUUACUCGUUAAGCUCAUUCAAUUUUUCCUGCAUUUUAUGAGUCCCAAGUUUCUUUAUUUCAUAUCAGUGACCUGUUAAAAGCUGUAUUAGAAUUUUUUUGUUGACUUGAGACUAAGGAUAAUCUCAACCACAAAAACUGAGGGAAAAAGACGAUUUUAUCCCGGGGAGGAAUUUUAAUCUUGUCAUAAGUUUAAACAAAGUAUCCAACAUCCUUUGUCAUUCAUUUGGCCCAAGGAAGAAAAUAUUUUGAAUGAUCUUUAAUAGAAUUAAUAAAUAAUUUGAAGUAUUUCAGGAGACAUUUGAUAUUUUAUUCGUUCUUCAAUUCAAAUGUAAAGACUACCCCCCUCCCCACCCCCCAAAAGAAGGAAAAGUCUCCUAAAAUGUUUUGAGCAUGCAUUAAUUUUUUUUAUUUUUUGUUUUGUAUACCAACCAAAUGUUCUAAAAUACCUCGGUGGAAGGAUACAGUUAUUUCUUCUUUGGCUGAGACAAAAUCUGGCGUUUGAUCAUGAAUUGGUGAUGCUGCUGAAAAUUUACGUCUAUCUUUCCACCCCUUGGCUUUACCAUGAUGUCCAUCUAAUGAAGGCUCUCCAAAAGCUUACUUUGUAGCUUCAAAAGCUCUAUUUUUUAUUUAAGUUAUUUUUCUUUUUAUUACAAAAAUCUUGAUCAGAUUGUACUUACUUGUUAUUGUUGUCAUUUUUCUGUGUUUCGUUUUGAUCAAAUCAAAAUCUAAUGUUAAUUUAUUGAUGUACUUAGGUAUGUAGAUAUGUACGUAGAAAUCUCUGCUGGGAUCACUAUUAAUCAUUGUGUCACAAAUUUUUUGAGCAUUUGUAUUCAUAGGGCUAUUGCCUGUUUAAAGCAUUACAGUUGAUGAGAAAAAAUGCAAAUCAAUGUCAAAAACUUUCUUUAAAAAAAAAAGGAUUUUGUUUGAUUUACGACCAGUAUACAUUGUCCACCUUAAUGAAAAUCAGAAAAAAUUGUUAUUUUAUUAAUCAUAUAUUGUUAAAAAUAGUGGUCUGUGGUUUUUUUUUUUUUUAAUGAAACUUGUGUAAGUAUGUGAAGUUUGGAACCAAUCAAAGCCUGUGAUGGAAGAAGGGAUCUAAGUGCCAUUAAUAUCGAUGACCGAAGUCCAAAACCAUGUAUCUCCGUUUGUGACGUUGCAGACUUCCUGCCAUACUUGAUUUUCUCUUCGGAUAAUUAGUCAAAAUAAUUUCUUAAAAACUUUCUUGUUUUUCCUACUUCAUUAGUAGAAUAUUUGUAUAAAUUCAAGUCUCAAAGUUGGCUUGAUUUUCUUUGAAAGAAUUACAUAAUAGCUGAAAUUUUGAAACAUUUCAGCGGAAAUACAUAGUUUUGCACUUAGGCCAUCGAUAUCAAAAAUUGUGAUGGCUAAAUUUGGAAAAUGCAUAUCACAAUUGCAAAGUCUGAAACACUCUGACUAUGUUUUAUUUUAUUAUAAAAAACUGGUCAAAAUACUUCUCUGCAUUUUUUUGUGAUUUUUUUUCAGAAGAAUUAAAAAAAGUCACAGCAAAUAAUUACAAGAGGAACAGUUUGAAAGUUUUCCUUUAAAAAUUAAAAAGGGGUAGAAACUUGCACCGUUGCAAUCUAUCAUACACUUUUUUUGGCUUCAGCCAUCAAUCAAUACUUUAUGCACUACUAUUCACAGGAAUGCUUUACAAACUCUUUGACUCAACUAAUGCUCUAAAAGGUCAAAUUAAACCGGAGUUUUGACAAUUUUAAGUCAAAACAAUAUUGUUAAAGGAUUUAGUCUAGUUAUAUAAUAUAACAGUCAAAACAAUAUAGUUUUGAAAAAAGUCUAUUCGAAGGUUUAUCUGCCCAUCAAGGGACUCAAAAUGAUAGAAUUGAAUUGCAUAUUUUACGCUCUGUAUUGUUCCAAAAAUUAAGUAAACUAUUUGAAACGUGCUCCUAACAUUAGAGGCAGUUUUCCGUGGAAACUUGAAUGUAGCUCUUGCAUACACCAGGUAUUUGCAAUCUAAUUUUUCCCCCAACAUGACUUAAAUCUCUCCUGUAAAAGGUACAUCUGUGCACGAAGGUCCCUUCUCCCAUGGAAAGAAUUAAAAAGUUAUUUCAUUUUAAGUUUGAAUUAUUUAUAACCUUGAUAGUAUUUCAAGGACUGACCGAAAAUAUCAUUCAAUUUAUCUUUCACAUUCCGCAUACCUUUAUUCAUGUAAUUAAUUAUUUGAAAUAUUUUGUUUACACCUCUCAAUGUGGUAAUUUUUUGGGUUAAAUAACUUUCUUUUUACUCUCCAAGCUGUUGUAGUUUUUAAAGAUCCUAACUGUAGUUCUUCCUGUAAGUUUUUAGCUCACUUCAAGAUGAUUUAAUUAGGUACCUAACCCUGAAUUAUUCAUGUGAUGUAAACUUGGUCUUUUUUCAAAGAUUGUCUUUUUUGUUAAAGAAAGAGUAUCGAAACCUCCUAAAUCUUCAUUUUAAUCCAAUUAGGCUUAAUUUAAUAGUUGUUUACUUCAGAAUUUCAGAAGAUGUCAGUGGGCAGCUGAGAUGCGAAACCACUUAUCUCUGUUUGUGAUGUUGCAAACUUCCUGUUAUAUAUAUUUUUUUUUUUUUUUUUUUUUAUCAUUUAUUUAUUUAUUUAUUUAUUUCGAGAAACCAACAUAAUUUCCUGAAAGCUUCCUCGAUUUUUCUGUGUAGUUAGCAGAAUAGCCUAUAUAAAUAUUAAGCUGUAAAGGUAACUCGUUUCUUCUCGAAAAAAUAGAGUAGAGGCAGAAAUUUUGAACAUUGCAAUGGAGGUAUGUUGUUUAGCCAUUCUGUAGUUGGCCAUUGAAAUGUGACUAACAAGAAGAGGGACUUGAGUCUAAAAAAAUUUAAAUUGAGUGAUUUAUACCCUUAAUUGGCGGAAAUUUUGUAUCAACAUCCUGCCUUUGAAAAAUGCCCAGUAAUGCAAAAUGAAAUAGGAAUUUUGAUGGUUUGAAGUUUGUAGCUUGUAAAGCUGAAUUUAGCACCAAAAAAAAGCCAUUUCAAGUUAUAAUUUGCUAUGAUUGGGUCAUAGUGCAAUUUCAAAUCAUUUUUUGGCACAAUAUUUACGAAGCACGCUGCAACAAAUUUUUUAGAAUCUUCAAGAAUGUUUUCUGUCCAAACGUCAAAUUUUCCUACUUCAGUCAAAAUUUUUAUAAAUCACUCUCCUCAAAAAUUUGCCCGCAAGCACCAAGGUCCCUUUUUUCUGUUGUCAGUGGCGAGUUUCAAACUCUGUCUCAUCAAUCUAACUGCAGAGAAAAUGCAGAUUGAUAAUAAUAUGUGUUACUUUCUUAAUUUUAAGGUCUUGAAUUUAUUCCUUAAUUCAUCAAGUAUGUAUACUUUUGGCACAUUUUAAUUAUUUGUUACCAUCUUUCUGAUGAUUCUCACCACCGAUUUAAAAUUCUUUGGUUGAAGGCAUGAUUUAUUUAUGAAACAUGAAAAUAAAAAAUUAAAAUCUAUCAAUAAAAAGCCAAUUUCUAGUUCUGAAUAGCCCGUUUCUUGCAGCCUUUUUCUGUGUAUGCAGUAUCAGAACUUUGUAACAUUUUAGAACUUUUAAAUUUUUUUAUUUUUGUACAGUCCCUCCAACUUUGUUAAAUUACACAUUUGAUGUAAGUUAUAAUAUUUUUCAUCAAUACAUUUUCUGUUUUGUUUAAUUUUUAAGUUUGAAACUAAAUUGAACAGUAUCUAUUGUUUGUUAAAAAGUGUAUUAUAAUAAUAAUAAAAAAAAAUUACCUAUUUUAAGGAAAGUGAAGCUGACGAAUCUUACAUGAAGUUGUGUUGAUGUUAAACUACGUAUUUUAUUUUUUGAAACCUUUAUUCUCUAUGCCAUUAAUUGAUGCAUGAAUUUUUUCAAUUUAUUUGUCUCAUUGUUUCAUUCUCUAUGCUUUAUUACUAGCAUGUUACACAUGAUAUUAAAGUUUUAACCAAGUUACACAUUCUGAACAUGAUAUCUCUAGUAAUUGAUAGAUACAGUGUUUUAGGAAUUAUCCAUUGUAACUCUAUACGUAAGCAUUUAUUAUAAUUCAAAAAUUCUUUUUAUUGUUCCGAUGUAAUAGUGAGAUAAAAAAUCAUUGUUUUAGUCGAAGUUUUUCGCACGACCUAUCUCUGUUCACAGGCAGUUCAACCCCUUCUAAUUUUUGUCAAUAGAUUUUAAGGGACACAAUUGGACUGAAUCCAGCAGACACAAACGCAUUUACCUAAGUUUCAAAACUAAGAAAGAAGUUUUUAAAAUAGGAACUAGAAAUUAAGUAACUAUGAAAAAAAGAUGACUAGCCCUUCCUCUCAGAUCAAACUCUCAUUCUUUCCAUGUUCUAUGAAUCUGAGUCAUUCAUUUUCUCCUCUAUUUAUUAGUCCAAUUGUUUGCCUCUAAGCACAUUCAAAAUUACCCAUCACUUGAUGCGGGCACCGCUUAAAAGUGCCCUCAUCCUUUCUUUUCAAAAUGUUUAAAUCUAUGAACCUCGUCGAUUGUUAUCCUAGCUGUUUCCUUGAUUACAAAAUCAGGGUUGCUGGCAGUCUGGACAUUUCGGGAAUUCAUAGGAAGAGUCAACGAAUUGUGCAAGCAGCAUUUAGCAAAAGCGAGUGAAAUUAAAAGAAAAAAAAUCGAGUGGAAGUUUUGUUUGAAGGUCUGGGAAAGUCAGUAACUUCGAAUAUUUCAGCGUCAGGGAGUAGCAAAAGAUAGUCUGGGAAAUUCAAGGAAGUGAAAAAUGAAGAAAUUUUGGAAACUCGGAAAAUCUAUGAUCUGCCCUUUUGAUCAUGAUCAUCUUCAUUGAUUAUCUCCUCUUCUCCCUACUUGUGUUGAUGGCAAAACUGCAGAAAUGUGUAUCUUGGUCGUGGAUUUCCUUUCAUACUUUCUUUUCUUCAUGGAAAUCUACCGAAUGUCAUUUUUUUAAAACCUUGGUGAUUUUUCAUCUCUAUCAGAAGAAUAUUCCGUAAAAAUUUCAAGUCAUGACAUUGGUUGUGUCUCCUUUUAAAAAAUAAAAUAGGAGCGGAGAUUUUGGAGCACCACAUCCGAGGUAUGCAUUUCUACAGUUUCACCAUCAGUAUCCUGAAAUCUCAUCAGAACCCAAAACCUUUAUCUGUCUUCAUUGCAAACUUCGCUGCCUAAACUUAGAGAAGUUACUCUUCGACAUUUUUCGAACCUCUUCACAGUUUAUGUCUCAGUUUUUAGCAGCUAACUGCCUUAUCAGGCAGUAGAUUUUUUUUUCCUGGCCUAUAUAGGGUCUACCCUUUUACCCUCCGCUUUCUCGCUAACUCAAUAAAAUUUACUGUGAAGAUCUUUUUUCCUCUUUCUGUUUUUUUCUCCUUCAAAGACCUUUAGUACAAAAGUGUUGUAAAAAUUGCUGAUUCAUUAUCAACUGUUGAGCAGUAUUCUUUAUGAAAUAAAUUAUGUAUUACAAGAUUA